AUGAGGGUGAGUGUGUGUAGUUUUAGUGCAAAAAUGAGCACUGCGUUGCAAUAUGUGGCCGACGUCAGCAGCAUUUCAAAACUCACACAGAAAUAUUUUUGCGUGCAUUUCUUUGAUUCAAAACCAAAAACUGAUGUCGCCAAGAGGAGGUAAUAAUCGAAUGGCAUCAUUUAUCGAAGGAAAAAACUGUUUCACUGUGGUCAUCUCGAAAAAUCACUGAUUUUUUUUUGGGUUAAAGUUGAAUAUUUUUCGACUUGCCCGGAGCCGCUGCAUCUGGUGGACCUUUUUCUUUGCAUUGCAAAUUGUUAGAUAUGAAACUAGCUAUCGGUUGCUUCAGUUACAUUAACUAGUUAGGAAGGCAGAACGUAAAGCUAAAGUGGCGGCAGCAGCGUUCCACGUGUUGCAUCUUCGCUUACCGCGCUUCUGGCCCCACCUCGUAACACGGGCGGAAUCUGUUAAGAGAUGAGGAUCAAGUCGGUUGGAGUCGUGGAGGAGCUGGUCGGUCGCCAAGCUGGGCCAGUAUCGACGUAUCUGUGGUGGAGGAUAGGCAAAUUGAGCCAUAAUAGAGCACUAUGCCGUCAAUCACGCAUGAAAAUAGAGGAUAUAUAGGCAAAAGCCCUGCAAAUAGGCCAAAAACAGGUCCCCCGAGCCCGCAAAUCCCCCUUGAGAAUUAGCCCCCCUAGCUACAGGGCCAGAGCAGCCUCAAAGCAGCUGCUCCAGCCCACCUAUUAUCGCCCAGCCAGCUGCCUGGGCCCUGCCUGUAACGAGCCUGCUGCCGGCGGCAGCCCCUUCGGGCCCUGCUAUUUGCCUCCGCAGCCAUGGGGACACAGCCGCGGGACGUGGAAGAGUGGUCCGUGGCGCAGAUCUACGAGAUCCUCAGCCCCCUCUUCGACAUCGUGGAAACGCCGGAGUAUUUGGCUGAUCUGACUAUCGCCAGGACGCCCCAACCCCCGGCCAACAAUGAGGCUGCCGUCGGCGGGCCGGCGGCAGCGGGCGGAAACCAGUCCGCGACCGUCAUGCUCAUUCAGGCCAAGGGGUCCUGGAGUAACUGGGACCAGUGGUGUAGAAAUCUGAAGUGCCAAAUCAAAAAGAAGCGAGAAGCCUAUGGCGGCAGCAUCGUCGUGGGCAUUAGCUCCGAAGUGGAGGACAUGCUGCUCGUAGUACCGGUGUACCGGUACUACGAUUGGGCCGCAAUUGACCUGCGCCACGACAGGUGGUGGCGCAGCCGGGAUGCCAUUCGGCCGCGCCUCGAGCAGUACUGGGGCGAUUUCGCCAUUGAAAAACGCGGCGCGAUGGGGCACCGAAACGCGUCCUCACGCAACCAGGCUGUUGAACAGCGGAUGCGGCAGCAGCUUACAGACUGCGUGAGCACCGCAGGGGGCGCGUAUUCGCUUAGCAGGCGCGGGCUCUCUGUGGUCGAUGGCACCUUGAGGCACCAGGAGUUCGUGCUCCGCUGCCAGGAGCGGACUCUCAAGCUCAAGCGAAGCACGAUGGGGGACGUGCAAGGAGUUCGGGCAAGCACCACCCGGCACUUUUUCUCGCCUAGUAGGGGCAAAUAGUGCGGCCCUGUUUUCAACACUAUGUGCAAGGAGGAGGCAAACUUGUAUAGCAUAUGACGGAAAGAGUGAGAAAAUCCCUAUCCUUACGCUCUUAUCUCUCUCUCAAGCAACACAAAUCAAGAUUUUAUACCAGCAAAAACGGCGACGGGUUUCUCCUGCAAGACCUCGAAGUUCUCCUCCUGCACUGCCGCGAAGAAACGGGCCCCGAAAGAACCCUUGCGGGCACGUACUUCUUGCCGAUCCAGGGCCUGGCGGCCAACGGAUAUGCGCCAGACCCGGAGGCGCCGGGGUAAUAUGGCCAUUGUUUCGAUAGGAGUACUUAAUCUCAGCACAGGCACUAGCACGGUGCAAGCGAUACGAACUACGCACAGCAGCAAGCACUACGAGCUACGUCGAGAUUCUAGUCUACCUCUCUCUCGAUUCUUGGCCUGUGAUAAGUUGUUUUUGCGCAUGACAGAUUCGAAGGCGAAAGAAACCAAAACAUCUGACGCAAGGAUAAGACUUCAAAAACUGCAGGAUGCCAUGGACUCGAACGAUCACACUGUAUCCGUCCCAGCUGGACUAUGUAAAACAGAGCGGAGGUUGGGACUGGACGGAUGAUUUUUAUUUGACUGCGGAGGAGAUCGCGGACCCGGCCUCGCUACGCAACAUGCUUCUGAAUGUCCAACAGACAAACAGCCUCGGAGCGGCGGCGCCGUAGGGUUAGUUGAUUGGUGAGGAGCCUCCUGAUCAGUGCGAGCAGCAUUGCAAAUUUGGCUGAUGCGAAGAUUUCAAGCGUGAACCAGAGGACUUUUAUGAACUAUCUCGGUGGAGGAGCGGAGUUUUUUGAUUUUACUGUGUGCGAUUUCCUUACGUUGUGAUCUUUUUGGAUAUGCUCUUUCUGCUUUCGAUUGUAAAGAUUCCGGGGCGUGUGCUGCUGUUUGGACAGUAGUGCGCUGGUCCCGCUGCCACCCCUGCCAGCUGCCAGUGAAAAUGGCGCAAGCUUCAAGGACUAGGGGCGCGCAGCAGGAGGCUCUAGUCUUCCAAUUCUCAUCUUCAGGUAGUUCAGCGCAGCACUUUAUUCCUUUUGUAUUUGAAAGCCUUUAUUUAUAUCCCUGUACUUUUGUGUCCCUUUCAUAGUAGCGUGGUAGAGCCUAGGCAGAAGAAAAAGCUUCCGAGAAUGUAAUUAGUAUGAGACCGAGCUCCGGAAUAAAAGACAAAACGAUGGCACAGCGGAGAUGUCUAGGUUGUAAAUUUGCGCGCUAAAACUGUGCAAAAACAGGUCGGAAUCUGAUAAAAUCUACUGCUGACGACUCGAGCUCAAGGAUAAAAGGACUACAUUUGGCAUUGCAAAUUGCUAUUUCCAAACGAACAAAAAGAAUAUCUGUUGCUUGCGGCUGUGCUAACUUGUAUUUCUAAAAUUGCAGAAGGAGCGGUGCGUGUUUUGGUGUGCGAAUUUUCCUAAGCUCCUGCGCGAACUUCUAAACGGACACGUCUUAUCUACAACACCAUAUCAUCAUUUUGAUUAUCGAGGAGAUUGCCGCCACCCGGAAUCGAAAUUUCUUCAUUCAUCUCCAGCACCUCCGCGGCCUUGCAGCGCAUGUCCCGCUGCAUCAGGAGCAACUCGUCGCAUUCCGGGCACAUCUGCUUGUGCUUUUCGGUCGCCGGACCCUUGAAAACCUUCUCCACAAUUUCCUGCUCGUCGUUCCGGGCCCCGAUGAAGGUGCUCAUUUGCGGCUUCCGCUCGCCCUCCCAGGAGGUGCCGGCGGGCCACACAGCGCGGAGCAUGGCACCCCCGCCGCCCGUCCGCUUGAUGGAGCGGCGGACAUUCACCACGUCGGUGUUGCAGUGCGAGCACACCAAGGCCCACUGGGUCUUGUUCAUCACGCGCCCCAAUUCCUGCCGGCCGCGCGGACCGUCAGCCUCCCCCUCGCCACCACCAGCUCCUUCGGGGCGGCCGGCAGCGUUCCCGUCGUUUCCGCGGCGGCGCCGGGCAUUCGGGGCAUCAUCGAUGGCCCCAAGAUCGAUGAUCUCGGAGCGGAUCAAAUGCUGCAUCGUCUCCUUCGCUUGUUCGAUCGGAACCGCGUCGCCCGCCAUGACCCGCAGUACUUUCCGCAAUUCGGAGGCCGGCGGAUCCGAAAUGAUGUUCACCCCGGAAUAGAUGUUCACCACAUCCUUCAACAUGCGGCUCGGAAUGUGGUCCAGGCCCUGCAGCACAGCGUCGCGAAAAAGAACGUAAUCCGAGUUCAGGAAAUUCACCAAGAAGCGCCCGUUGUCGAACGAGAUGUGGUAGUGGCGCUAUGCACUGAAAAACUUUCCUGCCCCAACCACCCCAGCAUGCUGCUUGUUUGCACGAGCCACAUAGGGAGGGAUACUCUUUCACUCUCCGCAUGCUGGGGUGGUCGGGACAGGACAGUUUUUGAGUGCAUAGCACCAGAACGGCGAGGUUGGCGGUCAGGCCGAACACAGGGAGAAAACUGGCCGGGUUCAGCAUGUAGACCCCGAGCUCCUUCUUCUCCAAAGUCACCCCGUAGUACAGCCCGCGGCGAUAUCCGGAUGAAAAUGCGCCAAGCUUGAUGAACUUGUCAUGCAUAAUUCGCCAAAGAUUCUAAAAAUGCAUGACAUUCUGAUCAUGCUCCCGCAUGACAAACUUGCGCUCCUCGGGUUUAUCAUGCAAAAACGGAGCUGCAAAUGGAGCUGUCCCGACCACCCCAACAUGCUGCUUUGCAUGACAAAUUCAACAAGCUUGGCCGUUUUCCCCAGCUGAUAAGAUGACCUGCAGAAUCAGCACCACCUGAAACGCGUGACUCUCCUCGUUGAUCGCCACCAGCGGUUUUUUGCUCGCAGCCCAGUGCCGGAACCUGAAGAAGUUGUCGAUCCGCUCCCCGAGCUCCCGCAAGAUCGGAAUAAUGCGGAGGUCAUCCGUCUUGCUGGCUUCCAGAAACGCCGCGAUCUCCAGGCCGGGGAGAAAAUAGUUGGAGCUGUGAGCCGCGAUCUUGUCCGACAAGCACCACUGCCUCACCGAGUCGAGGAUCUUCUUCAUGUCGAACGGGAGCUGGUGCGAGCUGCGAAGAUCUUCCACACUGCGGAAAAUGUUCAGCGGCGAGAACACGUUCUCGCGCGCAAGCUCGAUCACGCGGUUUUUGACACUGGCGGUCGUGGGCGGAUUGGCCGGAUCCAGAAGGUGCGGCUUCAGCUGCGAAAUCGCAACCGGCGAUUGUCGGGCCGAGUUUCCCCAAAGGCUCGGAAAGGCCUUGUAAAGCCGAAACUUCCCCGCCCAGCGGACGCGGGCGGCCGACAACGAGAAGCGACCCGCCAACUUCCUGAAUAUACGUUGUGCGGUCGUGACGAACCGCCAGUGGUUCUCCUGUUCAAAGUCCGACGUGGACCCAGCUAUCGGGAUAUUAUCCAACACAUCCCGCGCAAGCUCCUCGUCGUGGAUGAAAAGCCGCUGGAUCCACUCCGCAAAAACAGUUUUCGGGCGAAGAAACAACCCCUCGGAGUUUUCGGCGUCCAGAAUGUCGAACCGGAUCACUCUGUUGGUGAUCCAGCUGCUCGCUUCGCCGAUGCGGUGGCCCAGCGUGUGCCACAAGUUGUAGGCCGGAUCGAAGACGGUGCACAGCCAAAAUCUGAAGGCGAAGAUCAAGAAGAUGAACACCGACUGCAUUUCGGCAGAGUUGUGGAUUUGGCGCGUGCAGUCGGUGAUCGCCCGGAGCAGAAUGUCCGGAAAACACUUCUCCGCGCUCUGCAGGAACUCGUGGUGCCCGGCCUCGAACAUCAGGCCCGGAGACAGGUCCUGAUACUUGUUGAUCAGUUCCAGACGCUUCUCGUCGUCCAGAAGCGCCCCGCCGGUCACCUCCAAGUGGCAGAGGUGGUACUUGUAAAGACGGUCGCUCAUGUUCUUGUAGUGGUUGAGCCGGUCCAUGUCGCAGUACUUGAUCGCGUUGUACAGCUGCACGACCUUGUUUCUGUCCGUCAGCUGCCCACCGGGAUCUGCGCGCGGGGCAGCAGGAGCCGGAGACUAUGCAACCGCAAAAAAAACUCACCCUCAUAGCCCAUGCUGCGUGAUCUAUCUCUAUUUCCGCAUGACAAACUGCGACACGUCACGCCAUCAGCACCUGCGGCGAAGAUGAGUUUUUGCAUUUUCAUAACUCGGGGUCUUCGUCAUCGGCUUUCCCCUUAUCGGCAGCGAUGGGCGACAAAUUCCCGAACAGCAGUUCUGCUUCACCAUCAGCCGGCGGGUUGCGAGCAUUGAAAGCUUCCACCUCGACGUUGUCCAUCGGCAGGAGGCGGUUCUCCAUAAUCGGGGCGAGGACUGGCGGUGCCCGGCCCGGCUCCAGUUCCUCCGGCCUCUCGAACACUCCGGGCAUGAUGUGGCGCAUAUCGUCCGCCAGAACCGCGUUGGUGAUCGCGUCAUAGCUGUUCCCGUUGACAUCCGUAUCAAAUCCGAGCACGACGCCGUCCGGAGUGAUUUCAGACUAUGAAACGGAAAACGGUCCAGGAAGUAAAUCUGUAAUGCGGAAAGUGGCAUAGGUGGUGAGUUUGUCAUGCAGGACUGACAUAUUACAGAUUUACAGCUGGAUGUUUUCGCGGUGGAUACGAGCGGACGCGGCGCCAAAUCCCAAAAAUCGAUCAACGUACCGUCCUCCGCCGUGCCAUCCCCCGGAUCCUCGCCCGGCCCAACCGACAGCCGGACGCGGCUGCUGUUGGUAAGCAUCUCACGCAGGAUGGCCAGGAUGACUUCGGAAUUUUCCAACAGGAGCAAGCAAAUUUUGAUCUCCGCGAACCACCGAGUUUCGACCAUCGACAGCAAUGAUGCGUCUGUAAUGCAUUUUUCGGAUACGAGAUAAUCAUUUGCGAAAACAAGACUGCUGCAUGUUCAUCAUCGAAAAUUGCAAGUGUGGCGUCACAUGUGUAACAGAUGAGAAACAAAGAAUCUCACUAGAGUGAUGCUCUUCGCUGAGGGGUUCGGGCGCGUUACAUCUCGAGGGUGAAACAGUAAUGCUCGUGUUUCUAAUCCCCACCUAACUGCAAAUCGCGGAAGCUGUUUCACGCAGUUAGUGUGGGGCAGAAAUUGUCUACUGUGUCAUUACUUUUCGGAGGUAGUUCUGACCCCUCCGAAAGUGGCGCGUGGCUCUUACACCUUCAGUCCUACAGCUGAAGGUGUUUGGCCAGGGCGAGGUAAGAAAACAGAGAAUUGCUGGGCGAGUAGUUCUCGUAGCCGUGGCGCGAGAAAAAUGAAGCGCAGGCCUGGCGCUGCCUGUCCCGACCACCCCCAGAGGGGGAUUUGCAGAGUAUUCCCGUCUUGCUUUGCCACUUUGUGGCCAGUUCCUCGCUGUGCCCUCCCCCCCAGCUUCAGCAUGACAAAUCAAGAACGUAGAUCGUGAAAAAGGGUGUAAGUCUUACUUUCGCGUAGGGCUUCCGCGGUCGACUUCCCGGUCUGAGUCUCGAUGGCCUGGCUGAACCAGCCGUCGUUUUCUGCCGAGUCCAAAAGGCGGACCCGGGCGUCUUCAAAAGCGCCCCGAAGCGACUGCCUCGACCACUGGCCGCCCAGAAAGAUUCUGAGGGCUUCCCUCACUUUCGACAGCUGCGGAUACAGCUUGUUACAAAUGUUCGAAAUACGAUGAUGAACUCCCAAAGUUGGGAUGCAGUUUAAGACCAUCGCCAAACCGUACGAAGAGCGGACUUGCGUCUCCUCUUGAUCCCCCGACAAGACGCAGGUGGUGCGCCAUCCCGUCUUGAAGGGGCCCUUCAGCUUCUCGAUCAGCUUUGCACCACCCAGCCAGUGCAACACACCAAACGUGUCCGACGCCUUUGCUUGCGCGGCCGCCCGCUGCCUGUUUUUUCCGCCCCCGAGUGCCCCACUGGGCCGCUGCAACGGCAUCGCCCACAUGUGCGUGAGGUACGACGCGGCGGUCUUGUGGGCGAACAGCAUGUAGACCUGUUUGAGGUUUGACACACGCAUUGAAAGCGAUCGGUGAGAAACAAAGUGGCAAGUUGCUAAAACGCCAGCAAAUGACUAUCGCGCGAAAAAUGCAUGACAAAUUUCCAUAUACCUGAAUUCCGUUUUUUGUCUCCAACCCUUUGGUCGACGUGUCCUGGGCCAGACACAGAGUACGCUGCCACGUGUAGUCCGACAGGUACUGGAACUCGGGCGGGUAAUCCAGCGCACAAACCCCGAGGCAGUUCCAGACGAAGAUGAUUCCCGCCAUGCACGACCGCAACACGUUCAUCUGGUUUGGAAUUGUGAAAAAUUGCAUGACAGACUCUGGCAAUCAUGAUGGGAGGGCUUUUUGCUGUCGACUAGUGGAGAACUGCAUGACAGAUUUGCUUUUGAUGCAGAAGAAGGUCGAGAAGAAACAGAAGAAAAGUUACCAGCUGGUGGUGCUUCGUCGCCUCGUCGUCGCAGUAGUGCUUCUCCAGCGCCGCAGCAAGGAGCAGCCGCUGGUCCUCGUCGGUGAGGCACGACUCCUGCAUCCGGACCGAUUGGAUGUACUCCUUCACGGUAUCAGCGUACCCGCGCGUGGCCAUCCAGUCCAGCAUGAGAGCCUUUUUAUUUUUGUUGGAAUUGAGUGAGGAAGUUCCAGCCCGGGGAGCCACAUGCAUGAGACACAAGGAGAAAACAGAAAUGGAAGAGGACAGAUAGACUACUACGAAGUUUGCUUUUUGCAUAACAAACUACGAAAACGACCGGAAUACGCAUCACAAACAACUAUCAAAAUGCUUAUACCAUCUCAGACCCGAAACUUCCGACGCAUUCCCCUUUUUCCAUAUCCAAGCCCGCCGGGAGGGGGUGCUCCAUGGCCUUAUCAUAACGCCAAGUCUCCCAAGCAGCACGCAGAAGUAUGAAAUUGGAAAGACUGGAAGUAGUUCCAUUUGUGAAGCCCAGGAGUGCGCGGUCGAUUUGUCAUGCGUAAAUCAUGCAAAACGCUUCAAAAAUAGAACCCCUUCCAACUUUUCCAAUUCAUACGGCUGCACUUCUUCCGGUACCAGUUGCAGCGCUGUUUUUCCGGCAUCAUCCGGACCAGGGACAGCACCCCGCUCUGCACGUGUUUCUUCGAUUUCUCGACCAUCUCGAUUUCGUAGUGGCGUGCGCGAGGUCAAGAAGUAGAACGCGACGGCAAAAAUGAUUUGAGUAGUGGUCUACCACAGAACAGAAAGAUGAAGAAGUGAGUAAAGUUGUAAAAUGCGAUAAGACUUAAGAUAGUCCGCAAUUUCUAAUCCGCUGGAAAUGUCAUGGCUUAGCGAUAUGCAUCUCAAUGGUUGUGCUUUUUGGAUUUUGCCGAAGGUUUUCGAACCAUGAGAACCAGAGGACCACUUGUAAUCUGUAAUGCGGAUUCUAUGAAGUUUCGUCAUUUGUAGUGCGGAUCUAAUUCGGGCCAAGAUUUCCAUUGUAAGACUUCGACUGCAGUGCGGAACUACUUCGAGCCAAGAGCUAGAGGAACUACUUAUUUAGACCCGGGAUUUCGAUUUAUCUGCUGCAGACAUCGCGGAACGGUUUAUCUGGAAGAAAAGGGGACAAGUAAGAGCAACCGCGCCAAGUCUGCCCAAUUACUAGGCUUCGAGCAGCUGCCGCACAGGUUCGUUAUUUCAAGCGGGGUUCAUGUUGGUGUCGAGACACAAAAAAAAUCAAUCAUCGUGGUCUGUGGCGCGCAGUAGGAGGAUAAAACACUCUGCUCGUCAGCAGAGGAAAAGCAUCUAUAUCGAGGUAGAAAUAUAUUUGUAGUACUAUCGCGUGCUGUAUAUUUAUAAAAAGCUCGCAUGAAACCUACUCCGCGUCGUGUCUACAGCAAUAGGUGGCCAGCCCAUGCUGCAGAUACGGCGUUGAGAUCGGUCGUUUUAAAAAACAGCGAGCGAAAAACCGUGGCUGCAGGGGUAUUCGGCUUCUAGGAGUCUAAAAGUUGACGCAUUCGCUUUUGGAUGUAUCAGUCAACGCUUCUUGCUAGGCGACUACCUAGAAAAAAAACAUCAGUUUCGAUUUUCUAUCUAAGUUGUCAUUUGUAUUGCCAGAGGGCUGGUCUCGAAGUGCUCGAGAUCAGCAGCAACUCCUCAAAAAUUUCAACUACUUCUUCGACCCGGCAUCCGACUUCAUCGCGGAUUUCGGUUCCUGGCCCGGCGUCUUCGCUUUCGCAGCUUCCUUCUUCGCCGACUGCGGGGUGGUCGGGGUUUUUUUGUCGGAGUUCGGAGUGGAUUUCGACUUUCCACUCUUCGACCCACCACCCGGAGUACCAGCCGGCUUCUUCACCUCCUCCUUCUGCGACGCAGCGGGGGAUUUCUGGGACGGGGUGGCUUUUAACUUCUUCAUGACGCUGCCCGCGCCCGCAGCAGCGGACUUCCGUUUCUUUUUCAUCGAUUCGGGCGUAGAGUAGCUCUUCUCGGCAGAGCUGAUGCCCUUUUUCGACGCGCGCUGCGGGGUGCCACCAGAAGACGUCUGCUGAGAUUCGAAGUCGGUUGACUUCUGCGUCUCACCCGGGGAGGACAUCUUCUGACGGUUUUCCAAAAAGUUCAAACAUUCCAGAGCGUUCCGGUGCGGGAGGCGCGACGCCUUCAUCGGACGAUCACCCGUGCCCGGGGCCUCGACGUUCCGCAGGCGCGGCGGCACCAGCUUGUCUUCGGAAUCCGAGGGCAACAAUUUUUCCUUCUUGCCGCCGCCAACAUUUCCCUUUCCCGCCUUUUUCCCCGCAGCCACCGUGGUCUUGUUGCCCAGCUUCCGCAUGUUCUGACGGUGCAACGCCGAAAAGGGCAUGUUGGAGGACUGCUCAUCAUUUCCAUAAGCCUCUUCAUCAUCCACAAACUCCUCGUCGGAUUUCGACGGCUUCUCAUCGGAGUCGUUUUCCUCCUCCUCGUCGCUACGAAAGAAAGCGUCCAAGGAGUCCGCAUCCUGCUCCUCGAAGUCCGAGGACGCUUCCAGGCGCAGAUCCGAAGACUUUUUCUCCUUCCCCUUGCCCAGCGGCUGCUUGGCAGCGCGGGACUUCUCCUUGUUCAGCUUCUCUUCCUUGGAAUCGCGACGUUUGUCCGGCAACGCGAGGAUCUGCUUCGCCGCACGGGCAGCCGAGGAAGUGGAUUUCUGCACGCGGUGGUUGCUGUGGGAGCGCUUUUUGCGGGGGGGCGGAGAAUCGGACUCCGAGAGAACGCCCGUCUUCUUCUGGCGCUUGGUGUCACGGCGGCUGCCACGGGCGCGGCGCUUCUUGUCCUCGGAGCUCGACUCGGCGCGGGAGCGGCGGGCACGGUCCUUGAUGGCCAACACCUGUGUGUGCGAUUUGGAAAAUUGAGAAGCUUCUCAUGCGGGCUGGGGAAAGAUUGGCUCUUGUGAGUCAUUCGAUUCGCGAUACACAUGACAGAUUCGAUCUAUGUGCUAACACCGGGAAGAAAUACGCAUAACAGAUUUAUUUAUACCGAACGCUUGCUCCGCUUGGUGUCCUUGAUCGGCAGAGAGCGCUUUGUCUCGCGACCACGCUUGUAGGUGCGCUCCUCCUCGUCGUCCGUGGUCUGGUCGUUGGUCUUGUCGGAGUCGUCGGCUUCGGACGUGGAAGUGUCCAACGUUUUGCCCGUGUUCUUCAUCAUCUUCUUGAAUUCGGCCACCGCCUUUUUGAACUUCCGCUUCGCAUUCGCCCGCCACCACAUCAAUUCGGCCACCGCCGUGCGUUCAUUCGGCGCCUUUUCGUUCCCCUUGGGGGGCUGUUUUAGUUGUUGCGGGGAAAAUUUAAACUCUCAGGAACAUGGAGAUUUGAACAAAAGCACAUCGCGCAUUCUAAAAAGCCGAAACUUCAACCACUCUCGUGCAUGACAAACUCACAAAUAUGAAGACGGGUAUAGAUGCUUAUGCGUGCGUAUCGGUAAUUCCCAUGGUUCUGUACAAGCCCACCGCCUGCGACGGGUGGCGGAUGGCCCGUUGGACGUUCUGUUGGUCUUCACCAAACAAAAGCGCCACCCAUUUCGUGUGAAAGUUCAGCUCGAUGUCAUCCCAGCCACUGAGGGAUUUUGGGUUGGACAAUGGAAAUUUGUGAUGCUGUCUGAUACAAGAUUGCGAAAUCUCUCAUGCUAUUUCGUAAGGGGGGCCGGCAACGCUGAUAGUAGGGACCGACGCGAGUCUGUGUUGCUAUUUCUAAAGACAAAUGACCUGCACCGACCGCCCCAACAUGCGUCUUCGCAUCAUGUAGUAGAUCAAGAAAAACAAAAAAAACCGAAUUUGUCAUGCUGAAGCGACGGUCUACGUUACUAAAAAAAACCAACGGAGAUAAGUAUACUUCUUGUAUUUUUCGCCCGAGAAGAUCUGCCCGCCCAAUUUUUCCUCCGGCCGCUUUUCCAGCUCAUCCAGCGCCUCCUGGCAGUCGGCAAUCAUCUCGCGGAGAUCCUUCGGCGUGUCGUACUGCAGGCCCAGCGACUUCUUUGCCUUCCAGAGUCUCGAGGACUCCUUCCGCUUCUCGCCGGCAUUCAAACUGGAAUAAUCUCCAGUCAUCUUGGCGUUGUGGACGAUGUUGGCGCGCGACAUCUUGCUUGAGUGAGGGACCAGCAGAAGACGCAAAUAUCCUUGCGAAAAACAACCACUCAGCCGCCGGAUACUCGUAUAUCAAAUCAAACGAGACCACUACUUUCAUGCGCUUAUCGAUUAUCCCUCGGCUGCGUGGUUGUUUUUCGGAUAAGAUUGCCGACGGAAAGUCGGUGCAGCAAGUGGCUCUACGGAGGAGGUUUCUGCGCGUCUAGCGAAGAAGAUGUUCUAGAAGUAGUUGUAUCCGAGUCCAGGGGUCACGGAAGAAGUAGUUGAGAUCACUUGCGCGAAGCAAAUGAUAGAAGCCCUGGCUCGUAUGAAGAUGGAGUUGUUGUUGUUUUCAUUUUUGCGGCGCUGCUGAUGCACAUGAUCCACACGCAGGAGCUUCGAGGAUCACGAUUCCGAUCAUGCGGAGGGAUGGUGCGAUUUGUGAUGCGCGGUCUGGACCUGUUUCAUUCUCGAUCGAUAUUUUGACUGACAUGAGCGGGACAUUCUGAGCCAAUUGCCACCAUUUGCAUGACAGAUCUCGAUCACAGCACUCCGAUCGCCCAGCAGGCUGGAUUUGGCCCUGGCAUGCCUGAUCAACCCAGAUUUUCUAGAGCUUCCCGGAUGAGCCUUGUAUUUCGAACCUGGAUGGGGUACUUAGCAAAAAUUUGAGUUUUUUUGUUGUGAGGUGGGGCCAGAAUGCGGCCUAGCACCCUUACCUCAGCCGACGCUCCGGAUAGCACUUAAUUAGCUUACGUUCUGCCUUCCUAACUAGAUUAACUAACCUAUAGCUGAAGCAACCGAUAGCUAGAGUCGUCAUAUGUAGUUUCGACAUAGACACUUCACGAGCAACAUGCAAACUCACUUUAAAAAAAUUCUGCAAGUUCACACCAAAAAAAAAUCAGUGAUUUUUUAGUAUCGCCACAGUGAAACAGUUUUUUCCUUCGAUAUCAUUGAAAGUCCUCUGUCACCAACCAUGCGAUCGUCCUAUUCCUCUUCCUCCGCAGCCGGGGCCGAGCAGUUUCCACCCGGAAAAAUCGCGCAUGGUCUGGCUCCGUCCACCUCGCAAGAACCGCGUCGGGGAGGUCGUGAAGCAAGAACUGAUAGUCAACUAUUCGCCCGCGAGGAGGCGCUCCUCUUGCGAGAAAAAUAUCACGACCAACAGCAACAGGUUGUGCUAUCUGCAAUCGCAACUCCACCAUCUAGUGCAACUUUCGCAGCAAGAGGAGCCGGACCUUCGUUUCAGCUGAAGCACUCCCGAGACAAGCUGCUGUCCACGUGCUGGGAAGAAGACCUGCUCAUCGACCAUUCCUUGCAGAAACGGAGGGAGCUGAACGACCCCACGAGGAGCGCAUACAGGACCAGUUAUUUUUCGAGCAAAUUGCAGAAAUUUCUCGCGGACAACGCCAGUGACGAGGACGGAGAGCGAGUGGAUCACGAGGUGGACGAUCAUGACUGGAACAAGCUGGAUUAUCAUCAGGAUGUCGAUCAAACACACGAACAGCAUGUCUCUCUUGCGCAACAGUCCGCGUAUUUCGCCAAGCGCAGUGCGGGGAAGAUCGCGCGGCGCACCGAGGGACAGUUGGCGCUUGCUGGGCAUCAACAUGUUGCAGCUGGACGACGUUUUCAUUAUCGCAUGGAGCCUACAAAAAGUGGAGGGUAUACCGCGUAUGAGCGUACCCAGGAAGAUCAUCAGCGGGUCCUGCCGCAUGACCUCCAUCAUCAAGGAACUACUACGAAACAAGAUGCUGUUGAUCACGACGUUGUCACAGAUGUUGAGCCUGAAGCUAUUGCCGUGCUGGAAGAACUGCUCAAGUACCGGCAAGGAGGUACAGAACGGAUGAAUUUUGCCGGAGCUCCUGCAGAAGGUAGCUCGAUGGGGAACUUCUACGCAAAAGAUGGACAGACGGUUACCAGGCAGAAGAGGCUGGCAAUACAUGCGCGAAACAACAAGCAAGUAGACCAACGCCAAACUACAUUCUCUCGACAGGAACAGCAGCAGCCACUCUAUCUCGGUCCUCAGCCAAAGCAGGGAAUGCUGUCCAGUGUCGAAUCGACGCCGAGUAAAAGAACGGAAGCGAGUAAUAUGACACCGUCUUCAGCUCUUACCAGUGAGAGAAAUCUUACCUUUUCAGUGGGCGGGACUUCCUCCCUCCAAGUUUCCCGGGCAAAGCUGCAGCUGCGGGCGAAGGAGAGGGAAGACCUGGAUGUUGUGAACGAUUUCUUGAACAGAACUGGCGACGAGAAUUUUCACUUUCUACGACAGGAGCAAGAUGAUAACUCUCCAUACGUUGGUCCAUUCAGCAGGAUGAACGCUGGCGACAGAAUCAGUAGCGGCAACAUGACAUCAAACCCCUCCUCUUUGUCUGCGACACCGGACAUUCUCAGGAGCAAAAAUACAACAAGAGGUCGCGCCCAGAUGAACUUCGUCGCCGCAGAAGGAGGUGCGGAUGAAACACGACACCCGGUUGUUCACCAACCGCCUCAGCAGCUCUUCUACGCGGAGCCUGCGAGUACUAGCAUGUUCGAAUGCAUGCCAAAUCAUCGAGAGGACUUUCUCACCCGAACCGCUUGUAGCGCAACACCACCCCCACCUCCAGGACGCGUAGCGAAUAGGCUUUCCAAGAGCAGCAACAUUCUGAAAAACGCUAAAGCGGACCACCGUCGUACAUCCAAAUUUGAAGAACACCUGAAAAACAACAGCCACUGGUGGCAGGACAGUGCUUUGGUUGGAAAGUACACACGAGUUGCAAACAGGUUUUUCCUUUUGAACCGCGCACCGAGAAUCCUCCACCGCUGGCGGUUUUACGUAUCGCGAAAGGAGCAACUCUGCGAGGAUGAAAACGAAGUAGACGAUCUUGAACACACAAAUGUUGCAGAAAGCACCGCAUUGCGUCCUUUUGAUGCCACCAGCGAACGGCACAGCCACAGAGUGAUAAACGAGGCGCAUUACGAGCAUGAAGACGCGCAAACCGCCCUGCUCAAGACCGCCGGCGACCACGAUUUGACGAGCACCGCUUUCGGACUGCAAACAGCUUUCGGGGUGCUGGACUCCUCGACCAAAAUCAGUUCUUGGCUGCUCCACCUCGACCGUGCCGAAGAACAAGCCGCGAUUGCAACCAGCGGAAGGCAGUAUCGCGCGAAGUGGCGACCUUUUUGCACUGCCGUCGUCCGUUUUGUCAACAGACAUUUCCGGAAACACGGUUUGGAGAGCUGGAAAUCGGGGAGAGUGGUGCAACGGGAAAGUGCGAAGAAGAUGACUUGUCUGCUGAAUCUUUUGAAGCAGAAGAUGCACACGGAAUUGGCCUGGGGGUUCCGCGUGCGGAAAUUGGCAAUGUUGGCGGUGACGGGGUUGAGGGAGAAUGCUGUAGAGAGGAGGGGGAGAAAAACCACGAGUGAAAGAAAUGUCGUUCUUGUCCAGAUUGGCGAAACUACCAAAGCGGAAGUCGACAAUGACGAAAACUCUCGCACCUCGUCCCCACAAUUGACAUCGUCUUCAUUCGACUCGGACGGCUCAAGUAGUUGUAUCCCCAGCGGACCAGAGUCUGAUGAAGACCUUGCGUUCUCCCCCUUGGUGGGUCACAAAGAAGCAGGGAGUAAGUCGAGCGCCGCGCCAGGUCGAGCCGAUGAGCGUCUUCUCGAAAGUGGCACUGCUCAUCCCCAAGACUACAACGACGGUGAGGACAAUGCGGUCAAAAUAGAGACCAUCUUGUCCCAGUACAAUCCCUUUCAGACCACCAAAACCGCGAAAAAGAAAAUCGACGAGAUACGGAGGAAGAAAAGGAAAACAUCAGGCGAGCGAAAGCAGCGUCGAAGGUCGAAGUCGUCCAAAAGUAAGAACACCUCGCAAGAAGAUGAACUACAGCCAGCAUCUAAAGGAAACAAAACUUUCGGCCCGCGCCCUUUCCUUCCGUCGUCCCCUCCCCUCACCGAAACCGACCGCGUCAAAGACCAGCAAAGGAGGGCCUUCUUUCGCUGGAGGCGGGGUACCAUCGGCGUGGAGGCGCUUUCCCUGUCCGCGUGGCGGUGGGUGGUGAGGACGGAGAAGGUUGCGAGCUUGCUCCGGUGGAAAACGCUGAACCACGUGGCGAGGAUGCGGAGUUUGUUUGUCUUGCUGAGAAAAGGAUUCCUCAGUUGGAAAUUAGCGCACAUGCUGUUCAUCGAACAGGGAGGUGUUUCGACGCCGCUGAUGUUAUCCUCCUCCUCCUCCGCUGCGUCUUCGAUCGCAGAAGGGGGGUUCUCACCGUUGCUAGCCUGCAGCUCUCCUCCGGAAGCAGGAAAACUCGCGUUGCUGCGGCCCAGUCGCUCGGAGAAGCAAAGCCUUCAAGAAAACUGGUCGCGGAUGAACACGCGGAGUGGACGACCCCACCAGGAAGCACUACAUGGAGAACUGCUUUUCAAUCGGCCGGCUUCUUCGUACAAUCGUGUCCCGUUGGCGAAGCGAAUGCUGAAAAAAGCGGUCCUGAAGUGGCGCAGUGGGAUGCGAUUUGGGUUGUUGCCUGAAAUCAGCGUGUUUCACGCGGAGAUGGUGGGACUCGAAGAGGACGCGGAGAAAAAAGUGGAAAGGCAUGCGAAACGAUUACGGUACUUUUGGUUCUUUUUUCUUACGCCCAUAUUUUGCUGGCUGAUGUGACCUGUCAUGCCUGAUUUCACCUUCAAAAUGCACGUAGUCUACUAGGUCGGUAGGUCUAGAAGCUGGAACUAUGAGGGCGGGAACUGCUGCAGCACCGCUGUUACUCUGUGUUGCUGCUCAACAACACUGUGCUGUGAUGGCGCAAGACAAUCGUCAUGAACUUCCACCACCAAACCACCUCCAGGAAUCUCCUGAACCUGCGAAAAGAGCUGGCAGAUGGUCGAGACGAGGUUUUGUCCUCGAUGAGACAAGCGUCGAAUUCCACAGUGGGCAGCAUCUACUUCCGGAGGAACGUACCAUCCAAGGGAGUGCCGCCGCCGACUUCGCAGCAGUUCUUGUUUUCCUCCGAUUACUUCGCGUCGGGAGAGAGGAAGGAGCUUGUGCCGACGCAGUCUAUUCAGGCCGGCAGUUCCUCGGCUGCUUCAAAAGAAAGCGCAAUAGGGGUAAGUCACGAAGCUGUAGGCGGGGCCAGGAAACGUUCUCCAAAUUAUCAUGCAGAAGAAGUUACAGGCCCGGCUGGUGCUGCUCUUCCGAGAAAAGCAUCCUCUUCGUUGUCGACACGAACAGCCAGCAGUAGGAGCAGCAGGAACACGCGGGAACAAAAGAAGCUUCAUCUAACCGAUCUCGUUCGAACGGCCACCGGUGUGGUUGAAGAUGUAGUUUCCGUAUCUGCUCGAAGUGAAGACACAACUGAUGCAGGUGUUGGACACGUGGUAGGAAUGGAUUCCGGAGCAGCUGCAGCAGGCGAUGAGCACACAUUAAUUUCGGCAACAGCUGCAACCGGUGCAGAUCGACAAAUAAAAACAAGCACUUACAUCGACCUCCUCGACCCGAAUCUGCAGGCCCGCGUUGAAGCAGAGCACGAAAAAAAGCUCCUGAAGCAGCCGAAAAAGAAAAAACCUCUCUUGGCGAAGAGGUACGCGAAGGAGCAGCAGGCGUUACUGGUUCAGAAGAUCAACGAGGAGCUGCAGGCGUCGCACCAAUCGCAACCUUUGAAACACGCCACGGAAAGAAGGGCGCUGUUGAAACGGGCGAGCGACACGAGGCGCCGGAGAGACCACGACGACAGGAACUUGAACGCGAAAAGCAACGCGGAGGGUUUUCAUCCUGUAGAGGACGGCACCGAAGAAGACGACGCUCUUCGCGAACAGGAUGUGAUUCUUGAUAUUGGCAUCGCUGGGAACAAGCACCUCGAACCUUCCUCCGCGCAACUCUACGCCGCCUUGGACAUGCUGGAGAAUGCGUCGCAGGACAUUCAGACACUGCGGAAGGGUUACAAGAAGCAAAUGUCGAAGGACAUUCUGCUUCGGGACAUUGACAACGGGAAUGAUCCACUGUCCAUGGCGGAAUUGCUGAGGAGCCAGAUGCGGGAUGAGGAACAGGAACAACGUGCAGAAUUGGAGCAGGAGCAGAGAGCGCAGCCAGAACGAGCUACAGAUUCCGAGCUCAUAUUUGGGAAGAUAAGAAAAAUCUCAUCUUCGCUCCCUUCAUCACAGCAGCGUCAAAUUUCGCGAACUACAGAUCCGGACGGUGUGGUCUUACUUGGGGGACGCGAGAGGACUUCGACAAGUGCAAGCCAGAGCCUUGGCGCGGUUGCGGAUCUUCGAGCUCGGCAAGAGUUGCAAAAUAAUUACGCGGAUGAUGAGAUGACGAUGACAAAGUUCUUUGGCCACGAGAAUCACGCCUCCUUGUUCCAACGAAGGGAUGAGGGGAAGGAGCGUGCUGUUUCAAACUCAAUUGGAAACAAGCAGGACGAUUUUUAUGCUGGUGAUGAUGAUGUAUUGCCGAAAAAGCGGGAGCGGGAGCAACAUCGGGUUGCUGGUAGAGAACAAAUGAAAGUGGUGAAAACAGCUCCAGCAUCUGGCAGAAAUGCUGCUCCAGGAACUGGCAAUAAGAAUGGCGCUCAGAGCAGUAAAGUAAAGAAGAAUGGCUUCCGUCGGAACCAUUUUGCUGCUUUUGACGAAGACGACUACGCUACUGCGCUGAAACACAUGACCUAUUUGGAACAGAGACGCGCGAUUCGCAAUGUGACGCAAAGAGAUCAUGCAUCUUCUAGUACGAUCGUACCCAAAAAAAUAUCAGUUGAAGAAUAU